AUGGUGGAUCUCCGCCAGUUAGCGAAGCUGAUCCUGUCAACGCCUGCACAAAGCGGUAUGGGCGGCCAUACUUAUUGGCGAAUGAAUCUACACCGAUCUUUAAUUGAGCCAAUUUCGCUGCUCCAAUGGGAUUAGGGCAUUCCGUUCCAUCAUCGCCAGGGAACAGGGAAUCAAGCAGGUUUUCAUGUGCGGAUACACCACCAUGAGUGGGCAAUUUUCCAGUUACUUUGUACUUCAUGCACGUUACUCGCAACUCUGGCAGGUAGAACAAUUUCAAAGCAACCUUCACAUCAUCCUGACAUGCUAUAUCGAUCUUCAAAUAAAUUGGAUGUGGCUGAGUCACUACUUUUUUGUUCAAUUCAAGGCGAUCAGUCACAACACUAUGUCGUUCAUCAUUGUCACUGGCUUCUUCAUCGUCGCUUCUUUCCUUCUCCUCAACCUCCUCCUUUUGCCGUCUUCUCAAGCGCAGCGCUUCACUUGCAUCUCCACGAAUUACCACUUGUAAGCUUGUAUCUUCCAUGAUAUCUCUAUAGGCCUCUGCUUGUACAUAUAGAACCGACAAAUCGUGCGGAAGCAAAGAAAAAAGAGCUCGCUGUUCCGCAGAAGAAGCCGAAGCAUUUCCAACUCCUAGAGCCUCUUGAACAGGUUUGGCUGCCGUAA